CGCUAACGGACAUAUACUUAUUUAUCAUAAUUCACAUACAAAAAUGGUUACAAAACGUGAUGAGGGAGAUGACAGUUUUACUGCUGGGGAGGGGGAGGUGAAGUGUGUCGUGGUGGGGGACGGAGGGGUGGGGAAAACAAGCAUGGUUCUCAGCUACAGUACCGGAAAAAUAAUGACGGAAUAUCAACCCACCUGUUUUGACAGUUAUACAGUGCCAGUGCCAAAGGACGAGGGGGACGUACUUGUCAUGGUAAUGGACCCCGCGGGACAGGAUACAUAUGACCGACUGAGGACGUUGUCGUACUUUGACACAGAUAUAUUCCUCGUCUGCUUUGCUGUGGAUGACAAAGACUCUCUGGACAAUGUCCGCACCAAAUGGGUGCCUGAGAUACGGGAAUACCGCCCAAAUACGCCCUUCAUCCUCGUUGGCACGCAGACCGAUUUGCGCGGAUCGGUCAUAGAUAUCACAGAUUCCUGCGUGACUACGCAACAAGGCCGCAAGAUGGCCAGGCGCCUAGGCGCGAUCAAGUACAUGGAAUGUAGCUCUUUGGACGGGGUCGGCUUAGAGGAGAUUUUCCGAAUGACAAUUCGAGCAACUACAGAUCGUAAAAAGAAAAGGAAAUGGAACAGUUUCAAGAGUCUAUUCCGCAGGAAAAGCAUCCUUGUUUGAUGGUCGCAAAAUGUCUGACAACGCUAAGUGGUCUCAACUGUGACUGUUACCCCAAAACACAGAGGAUGAAGUUACGCCCCAGUAUCCGAAUGCUGGAACUAAAUCUCUUUCGGAUGUGUUAAAUGCAGUCAAAUCGAUUCGGGCCAAACAGUUGACAGGAGCCAACAUAUACGGGGCUCGCGGUGGGUAAUCCACUAAAUGUUAACCAGAAUCUAGCACUAAACAACGUGUGCCCAAGUGUUAAAAUAUUGGCGGACUUCUCAUAAACGCCAAUUGAAAUGUUAUUGGUCUGAACACUUUGAACCGAGAGCGAUGCAGAAUGUCGCAGUCUGUUUGUCUGCCGUUACAUGUAAGAUCUUCCUGAGCUACAGUCUUCAGAAUUACACAGAUUUCAAGAUAACUACACGGAAACACUUUCACCAUCGUCACCAAGACCGGAAAUCCGAUACAUCACCAAGUGGUCUGCCUACUUCACCAGGCGACGGUUAACGACACGCUCUCAGUAACGCGACCUGUGAUUGGUCAGUUAUAAUCCAAACAACUGGUCAAUUGUGCAGUACACGUAUGAUGUGGUGGACAAUGUGCGUCAUGGUCAUAAUUGUCAAUGUAAAAGAAUUUUAUCUGUGAUUUUGCUAUUCUUUCUUUAUUUUGUCGUAUAUUUAUUGUUAUUUAUUAAAUUUGUUGAUUGUU